AUGCGCUGUUCCAAUGUUGCGGGGAGUAAAGCAACGAUUCAAGUUCUGAAAAACGCCACUGGACACCAUGUUCCAAAAAGACAUGAAUUGAAGUUUAAAUACUACACUGAUAUGGCCUAUGAGGGUCUCCGGCACGUGUACCAUGGAUUUCGUUUAUUAUUCAUUAAUAUUCAUCUGGCGUGGAAGUAUCAUCGUCAAUUAAAAAAAGGUCUCGCUCUUACAAGACGCGAGCGCAUACUUCUCGAAGACUCGACAAAAGAUCUUCUAAGGUUGGUGCCGUUUAGCUUUUUUAUAGUUGUCCCAUUUGCCGAGUUGCUUCUUCCUGUAGCAUUGAAGAUGUUCCCAGGCUUAAUUCCUUCAACUUUCGAAACUGAGUCGCAAGGUCGCAAUCGAGGGUUCCGAGACUCCAUGAAAACUUUGCGAGCGCGCCAACGUGUCAUGGAUUAUAUUUCUUCAACUGCCUUGACGACUUUCAGUCCCGAGGAGCAAGAGGUUAUCCGACGUAGUGCUUUAGGAGAUACCAUCGCCCCAAAGGACAUUCGCCUUAUUGGACAUUAUUUCGAUCGCGAUGGUCCAUUUAGUGUUUAUAGGGUUCCCGAUCAUAUUGCUAUGGGUCUUGGGCGUAUCUGUAACGUUUUUAAAUGGUAUCAUUCUUUGAUGCCUGCUGCAUUGGUUGCACCAUUGAUUCGUCGCCGCGUUAUUCGUCAUUACCAAAAAAUACGUGAGGAUGAUCGUAUGCUUCGAAUCGAAGGUUUAGAUCACCUUACCAUGGAAGAGCUGAUUAAAACUAACAAAGCUCGCGGUAUGCGGUGGACGGAAACCAAGGAUACUCUUCUAGUUCAACUUGAAUGGUGGGUCUCUCUUGCGCAUGAUCCGAAUCUACCAUUUAAUGCCCUUUUUUGGAUUAAGCCAACUCGUUAUAACUUACGCAAAUCUAUGAAUAGCCUUCCGGUUGAACAGCGACGGCAGCUUCUUGGGAUUCAGAAUUUACCGGAAAGCAUGCGAUCAAGCUUAGAGGCCAUUUGUGACACCGUCGAUACAGUAUCAAAAAUUGAAGGACAGCCUGAAACUGCGGACAGGAUUGUACAAAGGAUCGUAGAGCUAAAAGACUCCGUCAAACAGACUGGUAUUGAUAUGUCGCUACAAGGCGUUGAAGCUGCAGUAGGUGCAUAUUUAACUGAAGGGAAUAUCGAGACAAUGUUCGAAAAGUUGAAGAAAAAUAAACUAGAGGAGGAGGUUGUCUUGGUUUCAGACGUCAUUGAAUGGAUUGGGCAGGAGACGCAUAAUUCCAGCCACGUGGUUUCCACCCUUUUUGAUGCAUUUGAUUACGGCGCAGGUUCAAAACCAAUAACCCAGGAGGUAUUGGCUGGUAUCGGGGCGCGUUGCCGCGAGGCGACGCAGAAUAAUCAGAUGACGAAGCCACUUACAAAGGAAAAAUCCGUCAAGGAAUAA